GGGGAGGGUUUGUUGGGGGGGCAGGGAGGAUACUAAAACGUUAGAAAGUGAGGGGUUAGGAGGAAAGGCAUGCGGGCAGCAACAACAAAGGGAUUAUUCAUCAAAUUCAAAAUCCACAGAAACACGCAGUGCCAUCUAACACUUCCACUUCUUCUAAUGGCAAACCAAGCAACAAGUCCUAGGCUUUCUGCUUUGUUUUCCUCGUUUCCUGGUUCUCCCGUUCACGUGCCUCUUAAGCGCGUGGGCACGCACAACGGAAGCUUCCACUGCGACGAGGCACUUGGCUGCUUCAUGAUUCGCCUCACUGACAGAUUCAACAACGCUGAAAUCGUUCGCACCCGCGACCCCCAUGUGUUGGAGGGUCUUGAUACUGUUCUUGAUGUUGGGGGAGUGUAUGACCCUGCCCAAGAUCGGUAUGAUCAUCAUCAAAAGGGAUUUGACGAAGUUUUUGGACAUGGUUUCUCCACUAAAUUGAGUAGUGCUGGUCUUGUUUAUAAGCAUUUUGGAAAGGAGAUUAUAGCCAAAGAACUCAAGGUAGAUGAAGAGCACCAAGAUGUUCAUUACAUAUAUUUGGCUGUUUACAAGAGCUUCAUGGAGGCAAUUGAUGCUAUAGACAAUGGAAUCAAUCAGUAUGAUACAGACCAGCCUCCAAAAUAUGUGAAUAAUACUCAUUUAUCCUCAAGAGUAGGAAGGCUAAAUUUGGAUUGGACAGAUCCUGAUCAGUCACUGGAGAAAGAAAAUGAGGCUUUUCGACGUGCUAUGGCUCUUGCUGGAAAUGAGUUUAUGGAUAGUGUUCGAUUUCAUGUAAAUUCAUGGUUACCAGCAAGGUCAAUUGUAAUGGAGACUCUUGUGGCUAGACAGACUGUUGAUCCUAGUGGAGAAAUAAUAGUAUUGAAUAAAUUUUGUCCUUGGAAGCUUCACUUAUUUGAGCUAGAGGGAGAGAUGAAAAUCGACCCUCCAAUUAAGUAUGUUCUGUAUCAGGAUGAGAGAAGCAAACAAUGGAGGGUGCAAGCAGUUGCAGUAUCUCCUGACAGGUUUGAGAGCAGAAAGCCUCUACCAUCACAGUGGAGAGGUUUAAGGGAUGAUGAACUGUCCAAGGAGGCUGCCAUUCCUGGCUGUGUUUUUGUGCAUAUGAGUGGAUUUAUUGGCGGAAACCAAUGCUUCGACGGUGCCUUAGCCAUGGCAAGAGCUGCUUUGAAGAUGUAAGCAAAGGAUCACACAAACCAAGGGCUAUCGUCCAUUAAUUUUGCAUAAUCUUUCACAUUACUGUGUACUGAUUGCAUUGAAGAGACAUGGGAACGGUUGCUUUACGAAGGCUCUAAUUCCGAGUUGUUAACUUGUUUACAAAUGUGCUUCUAUCUAUAUAUCCCCUUCUUCACG